AUGCUCCACGGUGUGGACGCUGUGGCCUCCUCCGUGGCCCAGGCUGCUGACUUAAGAAGCCCGGCGGCAGGGUUGACUCCUCCAUCGCCCAGCUCAGGCCCAGGGCAGGUGGAGGAGACCAGGCCUGACUGCGCCAUGAGAGGGGCCCUCCUGCUGCUGUGGGCCGCCCUGGCGUGUGCCAGCAAAGAGGGCCACCUGCAAUGCGCCCACUGCCUGGCCACCAACAACACCGCCACCUGCAAGCCCGUCACGUGCACGCCGCCCAGCAUCCUGUGCUUCUCGCACGAGGUCGUCUUCAAGUUCGGCUCCGAGCAACACACCCUGAUCACCCGGAGCUGCACCAGCACCUGCGUCUUCAGGAGCCCCCCCGAGUGGGACCUGCUGACCCCCAACAUGAUCGUGCUGGCCAAGGCCCUCUGCUGCUCUAAGAGCAUGUGCAACGGGGGGGCCCCCGCGGGCCUCAGCGCCCCGACCUGGCACCGGGGGCUCCUGCUGGGCAUGGGGCUCGGCCUACACCAUCUGCUGUGACGACCCUCCCCUUCCUGCCCCCCCAACCCUCUGGGUGUGCGCUGGGGGCCGGGCCUGUCCUCUGAGAGCGGGCUCCGGUGCGGGAGGCGCAGACCCACAGCCUCCCCUGGCGGUCUCAGAAGUGGUCCUGCCCCGGCCG